AAAACGUCUCUUUCUAUCUACGUCCCGCCCAUAGUGAUGGUUGCUUAGCGCGGGCUUCCGGUGAUUGAUCCAACCGAAUACCGUGUUUCUCCGAGGCUACUGGUCCGUUGAUGGUCUGCAGUAGAACCUGAGGUAGCUGGGUCCUAACCGUAGCCCAGCAUCAUGACAGAGAGUUUCAGCAACAUCGAGGAUGAGGCGUUCCCCAGUUUCCUGUCUACCUCUGUGGGCAGCAGCCGUGCCACCCUGGGAAACGUCACCCUGGCCUCCACCCUGGGGCUGCCCGUAGCUGCCUCCACCGUGGCUAAAAUUAGAGCUGGGUCCGACAACAGAGUAAAUGCCGUCCAGGCGUCAUAUCUGGAGGACGGUCGGUUCUCUCUGGCUGACUCUCAGUCCAACAACAAGGAACAGGGGAAUUUGCCCUCAGCUUCAAAGAUGAGCUGUGAAGAUGCUGCAGAUGACUUCAUAGCAGCCCACCGGUUCUCAGACAUGCUGGUGAAGGUGAAUCUGGACCAGACAGAGCCCAGGACUAGAGCCUCCUCCCUCGGCCCCAACACACAGACUGGACCUCUCCCUGGAAGACACUCUGAACAUGGAGAUGAUCUCUCUACGGGGCGGCUGGCCUUCACCAACCUGGUUAAUAUGGACUUUAUGGAUCUAAAGGUCCGAUUCCCCCCCGGCACCGUAGACGAUCAGACUCUGGCCAGUGACGGCGCAGACAGCGACCGCUUCAGUGGGAGUGUCGCCAGCUUCCUGGCCAAUGAGAAGCUCAUGUCUGUGGACAGCAUGAACAGUGAUGUCACAGAUGACGACGUCGACGUGAACGACCUGCAGGAUGAAGAACUGGACCUGUACUUAAACCAGCUGGUUGGCCCUGCCAUGCAGAGAGGACGGGUGGAGGGCCAGGAGAUACCUGUUGCUGCAGUAGAAUGUACCAGAUUCCACAAAUUUCAACCACCUCUGGCUCGGUUGGGCCUGGUUGGCUACGACUCUGGCUCGGUUGGGCCUGGUUGGCUACGUCUCUGGCUCGGCGGGGCCUGGUUGGCUACGACUCUGGCUCGGGGGGAGGGCCUGGUUGGCUACGACUCUGGCUCGCCGGGGCCUGGUUGGCUACGACUCUGGCUCGCCGGGGCCUGGUUGGCUACGACUCUGGCUCGCCGGGGCCUGGUUGGCUACGACUCUGGCUCGCCGGGGGCCUGGUUGGCUACGACUCUGGCUCGGGGGGAGGGCCUGGUUGGCUACGACUCUGGCUCGGGGAGGGCCUGGUUGGCUACGACUCUGGCUCGCCGGGGCCUGGUUGGCUACGACUCUGGCUCGCCGGGGCCUGGUUGGCUACGACUCUGGCUCGGCGGGGGCCUGGUUGGCUACGACUCUGGCUCGGCGGGGCCUGGUUGGCUACGACUCUGGCUCGGCGGGAGGGCCUGGUUGGCUACGACUCUGGCUCGGCGGGGGCCUGGUUGGCUACGACUCUGGCUCGGCGGGAGGGCCUGGUUGGCUACGACUCUGGCUCGGGGGGAGGGCCUGGUUGGCUACGACUCUGGCUCGGCGGGGCCUGGUUGGCUACGACUCUGGCUCGGCGGGGGCCUGAUGCCUGACGUGCGGCUUGCUGCUACAGGGAUGGACUCGUGUCCUGGUAGUGACGAGGAGGACACUGAGGACGAACUGGAGACGGCUAGGAGACACACUUCUACCAGACACAGACUGCUGCUGUCCAGCACCUCCCGACAGCUGGUGGGCGAGAGCAACCGUCCCAGCUUCAGACCUGGGCUGGAGGGAGGCAGCUCCGACGAAGACUCUGGUCGUAACCCUUCUCUAACUGGGUUAGAACACAGAUACUCUGCAGAGGGCCAAGUCAUCAACACUGAGGAGGAGGCGACGGGAGCAGUGGGAGUGAGGAGGGAGGGAACGGUGGAGUGUCCGCUCUACCCUUCUCCUCCUCCUCCUCCUCGGCCCAGACUACCUACGAUGUUCUGCGGGGCUUGGGAUCCUGGGGGCAGCGUGCCGGGAGAGAAUACCCAAGACCCUCGCUCUCUACUGGGGCUGAGCCGGGGCAGCCUGAUGGGGGACCGUGUGGGGCCGGUGGGGACUGGAGAGACCAACUCUGGGCCCCAGAGGACGUCCCCUGUCAAUUGGAGUAUGACCUUAGACAGACAGGAAGCGCUGGAUGCCAUGGACAGUACAGAGUCUGGGUUGGCAGAGCAGGGUCCAGAUGUCUUGGAUUCUAUAUACCUGAGGACUGGUGCUGGACACUGGAGACCCCAGGACAUGACCUCUCACCUCCAGACCACACAGAACAGCUUCCACCUCUCUCAGGUGCUUCUUUCGCAUAGUGAUGAUGAGGAGGAGGAGGAGGAGGAGGAGGAGGGGAGGGGGAGGCCUGCUGCCCUGGGGCCAAGAGGAGGUCCAUGUGGGGACUCCUCUGCACCUCCUGGUCCUCCUGGCCUGUCAGACACGAGUCGGGGUGAGAAGGAUCUUCUCUCCACCUCUCUGGAGGCUAAGUACCUCUCUCAGAGCUUCCACCCGGAGGAGGACUCUCACUCUGACAGCGACUGGAACCACUGUCCUGAUAACCUGGACUUCCAACCGGCCUCUCCCAGUGUGGUCUACCAGAACGAGGAGGGGAAGUGGGUGACUGAUCUGGCUUACUACUCGUCCUUUGAGAAGGAGGUGGAUGGGAAGCAGCUUCCGGAGUCAGCAGACCAGUUCCAGGCUGAGGACUUCGUUCCAGGCAGUAACGCCAUAGAGAAGAUCAUAGAGGACCAGAAGGUGUUUGAGAAGGAGAACCGGUUCAUGCAGGAGGAGGUGAUGACGUCGGACUCCACCAGUCCAGGUCUCCUAUCCGACACGUCCUGGAGACUCCCGGCCAGCAGCCACAUCCUGAUGAGGGCCAGCCAGGUGUCCCAGGACCUGGACAGAGGGAACCAGAGUUAUCUCCGUCUGUCUCUGGGGACCUUCUUCCAGCAGCGCUCUGAGGCCCUGGGCUGUCUAGGGGACGACAGGGAGGACGAUACAGUCAAACGGCCGUCGUUUGGUUACGUCAUCACCUCUCCAGAGAAGAGGGAACCAUUUCCUCUGAUUCAACCAUCAGACUUCCUGUCUCAGGACAGCUCGGUCCGCAGCGACACCGACCACGACCGCACCAUGAACACAGAGGACUUGGACAAGACUGUGGAGGCAGCUCCAGACAGGGUGUCACCGACAGGAGAUGAAGAGCCAGAGCCUUGUGAAUCAGUCUCCCCCCUCCCUGAGGCCCUGCUCUCCCCCAGCCAGACCCUUCCCUCAGUCUCCCCCCUCCCUGAGGCCCUGCUCUCCCCCAGCCAGACCCUUCCCUCAGCCUCCCCCCUCCCUGAGGCCCUGCUCUCCCCCAGCCAGACCCUUCCCUCAGCCUCCCCCCUCCCUGAGGCCCUGCUCUCCCCCAGCCAGACCCUUCCCUCAGCCUCCCCCGGCAGCCUGGACCCCAGCCCCAGCAGCGGCACAGACCAGUCUAACCUCGUGUUGUCUAUCAGCACCAUUGCCUCGGCCAUCGCAGAUGCCUCCAUCUCCUCGGAGCCCUCCCAGCUGGCUGCCAUGAUCAUGGAGCUUUCAAAGAGGAGUCGGAUCCAGAGGCAACGCCAGAAAGGUCUGCCGCGUCCAGCCCCAGCCUCUGUCCUGGAAGAACAAACUCCCAGCCCUAACCGGGUUGAACUGGACCAGCCCAGUCCUAACCGGGUUCAACUGGACCAACGGGGGGACCUGCUGGAGGCUCUACAGAGGAGCCAGUGUGCCGGGGACCUGCUGGAGGCUCUACAGAGGAGCCAGUGUGCCGGGGACCUGCUGGAGGCUCUACAGAGGAGCCAGUGUGCCGGGGACCUGCUGGAGGCUCUACAGAGGAGCCAGUGUGCCGGGGACCUGCUGGAGGCUCUACAGAGGAGCCAGUGUGCCGGGGACCUGCUGGAGGCUCUACAGAGGAGCCAGUGUGCCGGGGACCUGCUGGAGGCUCUACAGAGGAGCCAGUGUGCCGGGGACCUGCUGGAGGCUCUACAGAGGAGCCAGUGUGCCGGGGACCUGCUGGAGGCUCUACAGAGGAGCCAGUGUGCCGGGGACCUGCUGGAGGCUCUACAGAGGAGCCAGUGUGCCGGGGACCUGCUGGAGGCUCUACAGAGGAGCCAGUGUGCCGGGGACCUGCUGGAGGCUCUACAGAGGAGCCAGUGUGCCGGGGACCUGCUGGAGGCUCUACAGAGGAGCCAGUGUGCCGGGGACCUGCUGGAGGCUCUACAGAGGAGCCAGUGUGCCGGGGACCUGCUGGAGGCUCUACAGAGGAGCCAGUGUGCCGGGGACCUGCUGGAGGCUCUACAGAGGAGCCAGUGUGCCGGGGACCUGCUGGAGGCUCUACAGAGGAGCCAGUGUGCCGGGGAUCUGAGUGCCUUCGACAUUGAAAAGUACCUGAAACAGACGGAGGAGGUAUCCACCAGCAGCGACAGCGACCAGUCAGGCACCUCCCACAGCCUCAACUCCUCCCACAGGAAGUCCCAGGCAGCGUCACUUGUUGUUACUGUGGAGAACGAGAGCUCGGGUUAUCAACACCAGGCUACCGAAUACCAGGCUAUCGCCAAGGGAGAUAUCUCCUCAUCCUCUGGCGUGGAGGCUAAGGCGGGUUUGACACAAGGUUACCCUGCUGCUACGACCCGUCCGGUCUCUGCUGGGCUACAUCCAGGUUCUGACCAGAGUGGACCAGGACCAGCUAACAAGACGGAUGUGAGGAGGAGUUCCAUCCCUCGUCCCAGAUUCAGCUCCAUCCCUACAGCCUCUGGUAACCCAGGGAGAAGGUCUGUGGGCUCUGGUCAGUUCUCCUCAACCACCUCCACAGCCAAACCAGCUGCUGACAGGAAGUCUGCAGGGAAUAAUAACAGUGAGCCCCAACCAGCUGGUGUACUGAGCAGGAGCAGCACAGAGAGUGGUGGGGCUGAACUAGGAGUAGUCCGUCCAACACCCAACAACACCCCAGCCCAGAAGAUAGAGGACCGCUCCGCAGCUCCUGCCCCAGGUCCUAAGACCUCCCCUGGUCUGAGGAAGGGUCAGUCAGGGCCGCUGUCCCUCAGAGACAUCACAUCGCCCUCCCAGAGAGCCAGGAGGACCACGGUGAAGACCGGGAGCAGUACAGCCCAGCAGGAGAAACCCGGUGGCCUGGAGGAGAGUGGUGGAGAAGCUCCUCUCGGCGCUGCGACCAGACAUGUUGGUUUUACUUCCUCCUGUCACAGCCCCCAGCCUGCUGCUGCACACAGGGUGGACGGUGCAUCUCCAGGUACUCCUCUGCAUCAUGCUGGAGGACCAGAGCAGAGCCAGUGUACCUUCAGACCCUCCACCUCUCCUCUCACCCACUCCUCCCCCUCACAGACCUCCUUCCCCAACCAAGAAGGGCCUGUGUGUCCCCCCUCCUCCAGUGUCGGGGACAGGAGACCCCCCAGUGAUCUCUCUCCUCCACAGUCCCAGUCCGAGUGGAGUUGUUCCAGUCCCAGUCUCAGCAGGCUGACGUACAUCUCUCUGAAUGACGGCACGGCUCUCGACAGCACCGGCAUCCCAACUCCUGACAGACACAAGAGUAAUGGCACCAUGUCUCUGAGCACCACUAUCAUCAGGGCCAGUCCCACCCCUGCAGUAGAAGGGGCUGAUACCCAGAAUCCUUCAGGUCAGGAUCUACCUCCUAACCGCUCUACAGACGUCCUCUGUCCUCCUAGACAGUCCAAGAGCCCAGAGUCUCCUCGCCGCUCUAACGGUCCUCGUAGUGGCUCGGUAGACUUGCGGAGUGGUUCAGGUCUGGGCUGUACACGCAGCCAGAGUGAGUGCAACUAUCACUGUGGGAAUAAUAGAGACUACAACCAGCAGAAACGCCACUCCGAACCCAACUCGCACCACCUCGCCAAGGUGGAUUCUGGUUACUCCAGCAACCUGAACAUCCAGCAGCCCAGCGGUAUGGGGGCCAGGGGAACCAGCAGUGGUCCGGGGUCUCAGCCCAGGGGAGUGAGGUCUAUCCUGGGGCCAGGACGGGCUUCAGCCUGCCUUCCUCCGAGGACCUGUGCUACAUGCCCAUCUCCAGCUUCAAGCCCCAGGGCUCCAUGGUGGACCUGCAUCCAGGGGCCCAGCCUCCUGACGGGGCGCUCCCUCUUCAGCUCCCAGCUGGCACAGCAGAACCUGGGUUCAGAUGGAGCUCUACACCCUGGUCUCUCUCUGCCUGCUCCCUACCACCACAUGGCAGCAGCAGGGAACGGCCUGUACGGUCACGCUCUGUCCUCACGGUUAGGACCCAACGUUGAUCCCUCAGUCAGACACCUCCACAGCUCUGGGGGUCUGGGUGUCUCUGGGCCUGGUGGACCAGGAGGUCCUGGGGGUCUGUACCACUGCUCUAACCCCCACCUCAAACCCUUGGACCCAGGACUGAUGGAGGAGAACCCCUACAGCCAGCGCUGUGUAGCCUCGUGGUCUAACGGCAGCCUUCCCGAACUCGCAGCCCAGGUCGUGAUCCCUGAGGAGCUGAGGUUCCCCCAUGCCUGCUGUGUGGGCAUCUCCUCUCAGACCUCACUGGGCAUCUUCAACCCCUCCGAGCGCUGGCAGCAGGUCUCCAUCACAGUCACCAGCCUGGCCAUCGACGGAGAGAAGUUUGAUUCAUUCCCGUACCAGUGGCUGAUAGUGAAGAACAAGACUAUCAUUGGCCCUAAGAGCACGGAGGAGCAGAAGGUGCUGUUCAUCCCACCUCAGGCCGGGGUUUACCAGGCUGUCCUCAGUGUCUCGUCCUGGCCUGCCUCCGCUGAGGCCCAGGCUGCCUCCCGCGCCGAGGUGUUCGCCAAGAGGGUGGUCCUCGUCGCCAUGGCAGAGAACCCUGCUCUGGAGGUGGAUGUAGGGAAGUGUGGCGGUCUGGAUUUUGGGGACCUGGCAGGUGGCUGUGCCAAAGCUCUGCCUCUGAAGCUGCUGAACAGGACUCAUGCUACUGUUCCUGUUCGACUGGUUAUCAGUGCUAACGCCACGGCCUGGCGCUGCUUCACUUUCUCCAAGAGUCCCGUUGCCAUGACAGCUGAGGGCUUGCUGCAGGCGGGGACUCUGACCUCACUGGCCGCUCCGUCCGUCAUGAACCACGUGAUGCACGCCAGCUACGGAGAGAAUCCAGAGAGCUUCAUGGUUUGGGUUCACUUCCACGCUCCACAGAAGUACCAGUCCUGUUCAGGUGCUCUCGGUCCAGCGGAUGAAUACAGUGCACGGGUGGACAUCGAGGUGGACUGUCCGGGCCCCAGUCAUGUGAUCAGGAGCGUCCCUCUCAGAGCCAGGUCCGGAACGGCCAGAGUACACGCCCCUAAAGACCUCCAGCAGACUGUUAACCUCUCGGCAGCGAUUGGUCAGUCCAGCGAGCAGACUCUGCCUCUGAAGAACGCAGGCAACAUUGAUGUUCAGCUGAAACUCAAGAACAGCGGUGGUGAUGACUGUUUCUCUGUGAGUCCUGAGGAGCUGUGUCUGCGUGCCGGGGAGGAGCAAGGCAUUGUGGUCUCGUUCACCUCUCAGGGCGGCAGGAAGGACCGAGAGAGUGUCCUGACCAUCCUGGUGCUGCCGUCUGGUCCCCAGUACGAGGUGGUGCUGAAGGGACAGGUGGUACCAGAGGAGAGGGGUAACCCUGCUGCCGUACCCGGUCCUGCCUCUGCCCUGGGCUUGCUGCCCCCCAGUGAGGUGCCUCCCAUCCUCUCAAACAAGCAGUUGGUGGCCUGGGGAGGGGUCACGCUGGGCAGGGCUGUACAACAGAAGCUGGUUCUUCGUAACAACUCCCCCAACACAACACACCACCUGCGUCUGCUGAUCAGAGGACAAGAUCACAGCUGUUUCCAGCUCCAGAGUAGCUUUGGACAGGAGGAGAGGUUGACCAGACACAGAGAGCUGUCCAUCCGGCCCAGGGAGGAUGUUGUUGUCCACCUGCUGUUUGCCCCAACCCGGGUGGCCUGCGCCCUGUCCAAGCUGGAGAUCAAACAGUCUGGAGUACGACCCUCACAGCCUGGCAUCAAGUUCACUAUCCCCCUAUCAGGCUACGGAGGGACCAGUAACAUUGUUCUGGAAGACCACAGGAAGCGUUCAGACGGCUACGUGGCUAUGCUAAUGGGUGUGGCAGCAGGCCACGUCUCUAAGCUGUGUGUGUGUGUGAGAAACACUGGGUCCAGGGCUGCCUUCAUUAAGGCUGUUUCCUACUCUGACCUACACACACGCUCUGUCAUGGACUCCUCUGGCAUCAGCCUCUCUCCGUCUCAGUUCGUCCUGAAGGAGAGGACACAGGAGGUGAUCACGGUUCUGAUGAAGGUGACCCAGAGAGAGCAGACUCGGUGUCUGUCUGCUAAUGCCGUCCUGGCCACAGUCUGUCUCUUCUGUGGAGACGAGGUCUCGCGACAACAGUUCAGGAGGUUGCUGCUGUCGAAUCCCGAGGCCGGCAGGAAGAUCCUGUCCCAGAACAGUCUGUUGAAAGGACUCAACUUCAACGAGAGAUUCCUGGGGGAGGAGCAGGUCCUGGAGGCCUACGACCUGCCCCAGAGCCCCAACCAGGCCCAGCUGUUCUAUGGUAACCUGAGUAAGGUGGUGUUGUCAGUGCUGGGAAGCACAGAGACCUUGGACUCUGGAAGGAGCGGCCUCCAUGUCCAGCCCUCGUUAGCUGUCACCAGGAGAGGUUCGGAGGCUGACAGUGGUUUUGGAAACUCGGACCGUCACAUCAGCAACGUCUCUCUGGAUGUACUGCCUGUGAAGGGUCCUCAAGGCCCAGCGUUACCCAGGACGGAGGCCUCUCGGACGGGGACGGACCCAGGGGACCACAGGGACUCCUGGAGCCUCCAGCCUGGACAGCUGGUCCUCACCUCUCCCACUAUCGACGGACCCUCCAACACCAGACAUGUCCUGAUCCAGAACCACUCAGCAUCCAGAGAGAUGAGCUUUGAGUUGUCCUGGCCAGCCCACUGUCUCACCGUCACCCCACAACAUGGAGUCAUGGAACCACAGUCCCACCUCCAGAUCCUCAUCAGUCCUAAUCCGUCCCUAGCAACCAGGACUUCCAUGUUUCCAUGGAGUGGCCAGAUCUAUGUCCAGUGUGACAAUCAACAGAAGUUCAUCAAAAUCCAGAUUCGUCAGGACCUGGCUCUGGAUGUAUCAACCGCCCCAUCAGACCAGAGCCUGGCCCCCCUUCCCCCUCAGACUGCUAGCCCCAUGCCCACCACCAUGCUGCCCCCAUCAAACCAGAGCCUGGCCCCCCUUCCCCCUCAGACUGCUAGCCCCAUGCCCACCACCAUGCUGCCCCCUGCAGACCAACCCCCCCAGACCCAGACGGCUCCAGCCACGGUAGAGAUCAGUAACCGCACCAUCGUGUUUCCUGCCACGCCCUCAGGAGACGCCUCAGAGUCCUCUGUGGAGGUGGAGAAUAGAGGACAACAGGUGAGGUGGUACCUGUCUUCCUUCGCCCCUCCCUAUGUAAAGGGGGUGGACAGCAGUGGGGAUGUGUACCGGGCCACCUACACAGCUUUCAGGUGUCCCCGAGUCUCUGGAAUCCUGGGAGCUAACGACAAGAUGCAGGUGCCCAUCACCUUCUUGCCGAGGGACCGAGGGGACUAUGCUCAGUUCUGGGACCUGGAGUGUCACCCAGUGGCUGAGCCUCAGCACAAGACCAGGAUCCGCUUCCAGCUCUGUGGCACUGGUGUGAAGGUUGGUCCAGCGGCGGCUCCUCAGGAAGCAGACUGUUCUCUGGUGAAGACUGAAGCCUUUAAGACCAGGAGAAGACCUGACCCGGUCGCUGAUGGGGGCAUGACUGGUCAGGAGGAGCCUCUAUGUAGAGGGGUCUACGCCCCCAGGACCACUACUCAUUCCCCCCCUACCAGGGUGGGGGAGACCAGCACACUGAAGGUCAACAUGAGAAACAACUCCUUGGAAACGCAUGGGCUGAUGUUCCUAACCCCUAAAGAGCCCUUCCACAUCAAGCAUUCCAGAUAUUCCCUACGAUCCCAACGCUACAUCCACCUGCCAGUCCAGUUCAAGCCGGUUGUCACCGGCAACCACUCCAGCCAGCUGUUGGUUCAGACGGAUACCAGUGGAAACAUCGCUAUCCAGCUGACUGGUGAAGCCCUGGCCUGAGGACGUCUGGGUCAGGGAGGACUGCUGGGUCUGGGUCA